GUAUUAGUCGAUUCAUAGAAAGAGUUUCUCAUGUUUAUCUCUGAUACCGUCUAUAUUCGAAAAUGGGAAACAAAAUAACUGCUUUCUUCCAGCGAGUGUGUGAUUAUCCGAUAAAGAGAAAGCCCAUAUGUUUCCUGAGACAGGAAGAUUACUCCUCAACAGGGCAACGUUUGCGACAUGAUGAAGCUCCCCUACGAGGUCCACCAACAGAAUAUGACAAGCUAGUUGAGGAUUUCUAUGCAAAACUUCAGGCUCACCGUAAAGAAGCCAAGCAUAAGUUGGAUGAGCGCCAGCAAUCUGGAGCAAAAAGACUGGUUUCACGGUUUCCUGGCUGGAAUGAAAUGACAAUUACCAACCUACACAACAUGUUCCUUCUCUUUGACAGCAGUAAUCUUGGAAUGCUCAACUUUGAUGACUUCUGUGCCAUUCUGGGAUGCCUUGGUGAUGAAAGUCCCUACGAUGUACGUAAACUUCAUCAUGAUACAGCAGACAAGGACAUGGAUGGUUGUAUCAGUUAUGAAGAGUUCCUUUCGCUUGUGUACAAUUUUGAUCCUCCCGAGGACAAUGAGAUUAGAGGACUGGCAAAACUCUGCCUUAAAAUGGCUGAUGAUAUUAAGUUUGUUGGUGGACUCUCACUUGGAGAGCAGUUGGAAUAUGGACUGUUUUAGUAUAAGAUAGUGUGUAUUUUGAUAUUCCUACUCAAUUAGUCACAAAAAGCUGAGACUCUGUGAUGUGAAAAUAUGAUCUUUUGCUGAUAUGUAUGUAAUAUGUAAUGAAGGUAUCUACCCAUUAAAUUAUUCUAAAAGAAA